CUAAAGCAGGGCAGAAUGCGAGGAUUUUUACUAGUUUUCAUCUGUUUCUGCUGCAUCAGGGCUAAGAAGAUGCGGUGGUGCACAGUGUCAGAUCCUGAGCAGAGGAAGUGUGCAGAGUUAGCUAAAGCUCUGGUGGCAGUGUUGCCACCAACUGCUGUGACAGCUUUCGCCAAACUCUCAUGCAUUCGAGCAUCCAGCACGACUGACUGCAUCGACAGGAUCAGGGCAAACCGCGCUGAUAUCGUGACGUUGGACGCAGGAGAAGUUUAUUCUGCUGUGAAGCAGUUUGGCCUCGUUGUCAUCGCCAAAGAGAUUUACAGUGACGGAGGCUGUAUUCUGUCUGUGGCUGUGGUGACAAACAGCAGUCUGGACAUACGGUCCCUGCAGGGCCGCAGGAGCUGUCACAGCGGGGUCCGAUGGACGGCUGGAUGGAGCCUUCCUCUUGGCUUCCUGCUGUCCCGCAACUACCUGAGCUGGUCCAAGGAGCAGCCACUCAGUCAAGAUGUCAGUGCGUUUUUCAGUGCCAGCUGUGUUCCCGGAGCCGCUGCCAUGGCACCACCUCUGUGCUCUCUGUGCCAAGGCCAGAAGUCCUACAUACGCCAGAAGAAUUACCACUGUGAAACGUCUCACAGUGAGCCCUUCUACAACAGCCAAGGGGCCCUCAGAUGUCUCAGGAGUGGUGCAGGGGAUGUUGCAUUUGUGGAUCAUUUAGCUCUUGAAAGUAUUGAAGACAGUGACAGAGAAGCGUUCCGGUUACUGUGCACAGACGGCACACAGGCUCCUCUCAGCCACUACAGAAACUGUAAUCUGGGACGCGGUCCAGGAGGCGGCAUGGUCACCAGGUUUAACUUUCACAAGACUGCUCGCAAAUUCCUAACAACAGUGCAGAUGCUGUUUGGCCAACGAGGAAGAGAAAGGCAGCGUUUCCAGCUCUUUAAUUCCUCUUCUUUUGGAGAGAACGACCUUCUCUUCAAAGACGUGACGGAUAAACUCGCUGUUCUGCCGGAUGACAUGGAUGUCAGUCAGGUGCUGGGGCUCGAUUAUGUGGCACUCCUCAAAGGUCUCGGACACGAAGGAAGUUCGCUGGAGGACAGUGUCGUGCGUUGGUGCUGCAUCAGCCACGCAGAGCAGAAGAAAUGUGAGCAGUGGGCUCUCAACAUAAAAUCAGACCCGCUGGUCUGUGUCAGAGCCGUCUCAAUGCGCGACUGUAUUGAGAAAAUAAAGAGGGACGAGGUGGACGCUGUCUCACUGGAUGCAACUCACUCUUUCAUCGCAGGAAGAUGUGGUCUCGUCCCCGUAGUUACAGAAUAUUAUGGAGGAAACUGUGUUCCUACUGAAGGAUCAACACACUUAGAGAUGGACGUGUUGCCCUCGGUGGUGGGUGUGGCAGUGGCAAAGCGCUCUAGCAGAAGCAUAUUGAUGGGGAACCUCGGAGGUCGGCGCUCCUGUCACGGCCACAUGUACAGCCCAGCGGGCUGGCUGCUGCCACACAGACACACGUUAAGCCUCGAGCACAACAGCAGCUCCCCCUGUGACCCAGACCAAGUGUACAACGACGUGUUUUGGAAAGGCUGCCUUCCUGGCUCACAGGGGAAUCUGUGCAAAGUGUGUCUGGGAGGCACCGGGGAGGCGGCCACCAAACGCUGCGCUGACAACCACAAUGAGCGUUACUACGGCAACAUGGGGGCAUUGAGGUGUCUGGUUGGAGAUACCAGCGGUAAAAGCUACGGGGACGUGGCUUUCCUUGAACAACACAACCUUCUUACCAACAUCCUCAGUUUGAGUUCCAGCGGCUGGGCGGACGGGUGGAGGUCGUCAGACUUUGAGCUGCUGUGUGGUGACGGUCGCCGGGCCCCGCUGUCGGAGUGGGAGAGCUGUAACCUCGGAGUCAUCCCUCCCAACACCAUCAUGACACGGCCGGUGCUCACAGCACGAGUUUAUGACUUCCUCAUGAAGUCACAGGAAACUCUGGCAGCCAACCCAAAUGCAGAGUUCAGGCUCUUUGAGUCUCAGCAGUACGGAGAAAGUGAUCUGCUGUUCAAAGACUCGACUCAGUGUUUAGUUCACACAAGCCACAUGGACUACCGCUCCAUCCUCGGAGAGGAAUUCUACAGUCACUUAGAAACUGCCUUCAACUGCACACAUUCUGAUAUCCUGGAGUUCUGUAAUCAGGACGUGUGUAGCAUAUUUUAAUGCUUCUCUGUGCUGCUAAUCCAAGUCUGAUGACUGCAAACCAUCACUGGUAUCCUCCCGUUCACAGCCGAGAUUAAAGCCUGACAACUAUAACUUACUCAAUCAUUACUAUUAAUAAGCACGAUAAAGGAGAGAAAAGCAACUUUCAGGUGCUAUAUUUUAUUGUAUAUAAUCUGUGUCACAUUUGCUUUGUAUUUCUAAUUAUGAACACCAAUUCCUGACAUUUUUACAGCAGAGUGCAAACAUAAAGCCUCACACAAAGAAGUGAAGAUGACACACAGCAUUGAUACCAAAGGACAUGACUGCAGUUGUAAAUAUUUUGGUGUGAAAUUAAUGCGUGUAGAAUAUGGGCAUGUUACAUUUUGACAUGCACAGAUUAUAUCACUGUAUUUGUUAAUGCAUAUAAAAAUAAGUGUGGGAAUCAUGAUAUGCCUUUUCAAACUAGUCCUAAAGUAGCUCUGAAAACAAACAGCAGGAUAUACUGUACUACAGCUGGAUGCAGCUAGGACUACUGCAUUAUGCUUUAUUUUGUACAAAUUAUGUAACACAAUGUAUGUUUUGCACCAAUAUGUGAUGCAAUGUAUGUAAUACGGAUAUGUUGGUGCAAAGUGAUAUAAACUGAUAUGAAAUGGCUGAUAUUAUUUAAUGAAGUCAUACUUGCAAGUGCAAACCUGCAUUAGUUUAUGAUAAUCUACAUUAAUAAUGAAUACAUCUAUAAUAGGUUUAAAUCACAGAUGAAGCUGAACACUCAGACUGUCCAGAUAGAAGAUAUUAUGUGUCUCUUUGGCAGACUGAAGCUCUCAGGAAACAUCACAGAGAGCAUCAGAC